AUGAAGCAUUGCAUUCUUGAUACCGGCAUAUCGGUGGCGUAUGAGCCUGAAAACGCCGAACCGAUUGUUGACUUGGUCUUCGUACAUGAGCUCCAUGGCCACCAGUACAAGUCAUGGACCAAGUCCACUGAAAAGCGCAAACCUUCAUCUCCGGCUGCUACGGGGAAGGCAUCUUUAAAUGCAGACAAGGAUGGGAGGGAAAAUCUCAUCCGCCGUGCUCUAGCACGCCUCGGAAGGUCGUCAUCGACGACAUCGCCGGAGACGGCAUCCCAGCCUGGCUUAAGCGAAGCAGAUGACACAAAGAAUGCUCUGGAGGCUCUUUUCUGGCCAGCAGACCUAUUACCUCUUGAAUGCCCGAAUUCUAGAGUUCUAAUGUACGGAUACGACUCCAAAAUAACCAAGUACACAUCUGGAGCCACAAAUAAAAGCAGUUUGCUAUCUCACAGCAAAGACCUCUUGUUCUCCCUUGCUCGACAUGGGGUCCACAACCGGCCUCUCAUUUUCGUUGCCCACAGCCUAGGUGGGAUUGUUGUCAAAGAAAUGCUUGGCCGAUCAUCUUCAUCAGCGGAGGACGACCUUCGCAACAUUGUCGAGUCCACCGCGGCCAUUGUCUUUCUCGGGACUCCCCACAGAGGCAGUCCGGAGUUCGCAGCUAUUGGAGAAUCUCUCCGGUCAAUCGUCAGCAGCCUAGGAAUGGAGACGACUCCAGCAAAUCCUGACGCUCUUGGCUUGAAGACUACGGAUCUAGAACGAGCGCAAGAAGCAUUCUCUACAAUCUGGAAUAACCUGAGUAUGACUGGUAUCAAGCUUGGCCCUCUUCGGAACAAAGUUGUGCCUGAUCACUCUUCGCUGAUUGGAGAUGUUCGUGAGCGGGUCGAAACACUUCAAGCAAAUCAUAAGGACAUGUCUCGGUACAGUGGGCUUGAGGAUCCUAAUUACCGCAAAGUUGGCGGAGAAUUGGGCUUUUUGUAUCGGUCAUUAGUAAAUGUGAACCCGCAGCCACCCAUCAGAGCUGGCCCUUCGACCAAGCGAAAGAAGUCGAGGUCUAGGUCUUCCGACUAUGAGAAGUUCAUUCCACUCAAGCAUUCCACACUCGAUUCGUUGUGGUCCCCAGCGAUGCAUUCGCGGUACCAGGACAUCGCGUACCCGGCGGAUACCACGUGCUCGUGGUUAUUCAACCAUCAGUUAUACCAGGACUGGUACAGUGAAAACAGCGAUCGCAACCAAUCCGGGCUUCUAUGGCUCAAGGGGAAACCUGGGACAGGAAAGUCAGUUAUCAUGAAAGAGGCCUUUCGUCAAGCAGUUCGGGACCAGAAAACGUCCAAUCACCUGACGGCGGCGUUCUUCUUCGGUUCUAGAAGAACCGAAUUACCAGAUUCUGAGUCGAUCCUUUUUCGCUCCUUACUGCAUCAGUUGUUAGUGAAAAGCGACAAAUUGUUCUUGCUCUGGUAUGACAAACUUCAAGAAGAGUCUACUACAAUCGAGUCUAUGCUUUCUAAACUCCAAGAGCUGAAGCAUUUCUUUCAACAUAUCGUUUCUUAA